CUAUAUUGGUAAAGGAGGGAAGAAAGGUAGAGAAAGGCAUACUAUAAUCUGAAAAUGGUCUGCAUUUGGACAACAGCCGUAGCAGCGAUUGUGUUCUUUUAUUUCCUUCAACAGUUUGUAAACCUGGGAAAGAAGAAAAAACUGCCUCCAGGCCCGACAGGCCUCCCAAUUCUAGGCCAUUUCCACCUCUUGGGGAAGAAUCCCUACCAAGAUUUGCACCGUUUGGCACGAAAGUACGGCCCGAUCAUGUACAUGCGCUUCGGCACCGUGCCCACGAUCAUCGUCUCAUCACCGGCCGCAGCUGAGCUCUUCUUGAAGAAGCACGAUCUCACUUUCGCCAACAAGCCUCAUCACGAGGCCUCCAAUUACCUAAGUUAUGAGCAAAGAAACAUAGUCUUCGGAAGGUACGGGCCGUAUUGGCGCAACAUGCGAAAACUUGCCACCUUGGAGCUGCUGAGCAAUCUCAAGAUCAGCCAGUUUCAACCGAUGAGGAAGGCUGAGAUUGACAUUUUGGUGGGCUCACUCAAAAGCGCUGCUGAAAUUGGUGAAACUGUCGAUAUGAGCGUCAGAAUUGCGUCAGUCAGUGCUGAUAUGACGUGUCUGAUGGUGUUCGGGAGGAAAUACGCUGACAAAGAUUUGAAUGACGAAGGGUUAAAGGAAGUGAUGAAGGAGACGGUGGAGGAGGCCGCGGCUUUUAAUCUUGGAGACUAUUUUCCCUAUCUUCGGGGGCUUGAUCUUCAGGGCUCGGCCCGACGAUUGAAGAAACUUAGCAAGAUUUUUGACAGGUUUCUUGAGAGGAUCAUUGAUGAUCAUGUUCAGAACAAGAAAGAAAAGCAGCAGAGCUCUCAAGACUUUGUGGACACCAUGAUGGGUAUUAUGGAGUCCGGAGAGGCUGGAUUCGACUUUGAUCGCCGUCAUGUCAAAGCUGUGUUAUUGGAUAUGCUGCUAGCAGGAAUAGAUACUUCAACAGCAGCAGUGGAAUGGGCAUUGUCAGAAGUCAUCAGGCAUCCAGUAGUAACAAAGAAGCUUCAAAAAGAACUAGAAGAAGUUGUCGGCUUGGACCAGACCGUGAACGAAUCACAUCUUUCCAGCCUCAAAUACCUAGAUUACGUGGUCAGGGAAUCAAUGAGGCUCCACCCCGUCAGCCCACUGUUGAUCCGCGAAGGCAUGGAAGAUUGUGAAGUCGACGGGUUCCACAUACAGAAGAAAUCACAGGUCCUAGUGAACGUCUGGGCCAUCGGGAGAGAUCCCGAUGCCUGGACGGACCCUGAGACGUUUUUCCCUGAGAGGUUUCUUGGCAGCAACGUGGACGUUCGGGGACGGGAUUCCCAGCUUAUACCUUUCGGGACUGGAAGGAGAGGGUGCCCUGGAUUGCAAUUGGGGCUAACAAUUGUCCAGUUAAUGGUGGCACAAUUGGUUCAUUGCUUUGAUUGGGAGCUUCCUGAAGGAAUGCAGCCUGAUGAGCUGGAUAUGUCUGAGAACUUUGGCCUGAUCACUGCCAGGGCUAAGCAUCUCGUGGCCAUCCCCAAGUACAGAUUGCAUCAGUAGAAGAGUACAAUUCAUAAUUAAUCACUUGGCUAAAUGGACCAAUUACAUACAAGUUUAUUAUACUUGUGUAGUUAAAAUUUCUCACACAAUACGAA